CUGGAGAGUCCGCCGGGUGUCACUGGCUGUCCAGCCGCCGUACUUGAUCGCCCCUGUCACUGGCAAAUAUAACCAUGAUCUUGCUUCUCCCGACAGAUUUCCUGUCCUUCUUGUUAAAAACCUUCUUCUCCUUGCUUGUGUGGAAUUCAACCUUCCCUUUUUACCAUUGUUAACCUCUGUCCUGACCGUACACGGAACAUUAUCUGGCUUUCACGAUGACAAUGUACUCCAUCCAAGGGCCCUGCCACUGGGUUGGAGACAAGAGUGAGACUGCGCCAGUGAGCAGCGUGACGGAAGCAAUGGCUCGCAUCAACAAGCUGUACGAAGCGGGAACGCCCUUUUUCACGAAACAGUCGAUCCGAGAGGUUUCAAAGCAACUCCAGCGAUCGUCUCUGUGCAAAGACAAGAUCACGGUCAAAGGCGUGGAUGGGGUGGGGGUCGAAUUCGACGUGCUGACGGGUGAGAUCCGCAAGGGCUUUGACUCGGGGGCUUUCGAACAUGAGAUACGGGAUCCGUACAUCGUUUACUGCGCGCGAGUGCACAUGACCCAGAAUCUGUUGAGGUGGCAUGGAAACCUGCCAGAGGCAACCUGCAGCCUACGGAUCGCCCACUGGAUGUCUCGACGGAAGAAAGACACAAAGGAGCCUGCGUAUAAUUACGCCCUGCGCGAGAGCCAGGUGGUCCGCAAAAGCUUCCGGGCGAGCAGGGAAUCCUGGGAGGCAAGUCAGAUGUGCAAAGACCUGGAGUCGAUCCUGGAGUCCGUUCCAAAAACACUGAACAUCGAAAGAGUGCUUGGAUUCUCCUGUGGCUCAAUGUCCAUCGACCGCAACUCCAGUCGGUCGGAAUUCCAGCAUGCGCUGAUCCUCACGGUGCGGGACUGGUUGAGGGACAGAAACGGGAGCGGCAGGGUCCCUUCCUACGUCCAAGAUCCAGUAUACACUAGCAUUGACAAGUCCACGCUCAAGGAAUCGAACGUCAUGGUUCUUGACGAUCCUCAAGCUCUCCUCGAGAUCGACGAUUCGUCCGUGGUGUUCUCAUGCAGCUCUAACAUCCCUAUCAAGGAGAUUGUCGCCGACAUUGCUCGACCAGCUGUCCUCAUCUGGGAACACGUGGGAGAGGAAGACGAAGAGACCUCCGACGAAUAUGGCGUGUAUGUGUGUCUUGUACCGUGCCACCCAAAUGCUGACAUUUAACUAGAACCGAUCCACACACUUCGCGCGUACGAGCAUUGAUGCAUCACUAUGAGGAGCAUGUCGUCGACUUGGGUACGAGACACUUUGG